AGUAGCCCGCUUUUUCCUGUCUUGUUGAAAAGGCUUAUUAUUUGUGAACGUAUAGUGCCAAAACAUUUGCAAUAGUGUUGGAGUGCGAUUCAAAAUGUCAAAGACACAGUUACUUAAAGCCUUGGUUAACGAACGAUUAGAGAUCGCAGUUAUGGAAAUAUUUGAGGCAGUGGAAAAAACGAUAACAGAAUUCCAAGAAGAGGUGGAACGUACAAAGGAGGACAACGCGCGUCUCCAGAGACUGUUGGACGCGGUGUUGAAACCUGAGAUUAAAUUACAGAGAACAGACGCUCAGCAGUGUACUGGGGUUUCUGGAGAGUGGGGUUCUACUGGUGAGCAGCCUGGUGCUGGUGAGGAGGAGCCUGGUGAGGAGGACUGCAGCAUGAAUAAGGAGCAGGCGGAUCACAUGCACUUUAAACAGGAGCAGAAGUGCAGCCAGGAGCAGCUGCUACAACAAUUCAAGUCUGAAGAAACUGAACUCUUACUGGUUCAUAGCAAUCCAGAAAUGUUCAACUUUGAAGAUGAACCUCAACUUACACAAUACCAAAUGCAGACAAUUGAACAGGAGGCGACUUUCUGGGCAUCUCCGUUUAGUCAGGCUAUGGGGCAGAAACCACCUGAUCCAGAGGAAGAUUACAGAAUACCAGAUCGAAGCAGUCAGUUACUGUUCCCCUCUGCAUAUUCAGGAAAGGCCUCUGAGGAUGUCUCCAGCCAUUUAGAAUGCAGUGAUGUGGACCAAUCGAACACAAUUGAGCCUUCAUACCCCAGUGCCCUAAAAUCUAGGAAAAAACAUGGGUCGCUCACUACAGUGGACAAUAAGACCUCCAUCCAUGUUCAACCGAUGUCACAGGGAAGAGGCGGCCCAAUAUACAGUAAAAAACAGUACUGCCUGUACUGCUGUAGGCCAUAUUCUAAAAUAUCUCGACACCUUGAACAUGUGCAUUGUAACGAGCCAGAGGUGGCAAAGGCAAUUCAAUUUCCAAAGAAUUCCAAGGAAAGAAGACUCCAUUUGAACUAUCUUAGAAAACGAGGCAACUUUGCCCAUAAUACAAAUGUUUGCAGAAAAGGGUCUGGACAAAUGAUAGUCUGUCAACGACCGAGGCGGAGCAUGGAAGCCAAAGAAUUCAUUCACUGUGUUUAUUGCAGAGGCCUUUAUUCCAAGAAGUUCUUGUGGAAACAUGUGAGGCACUGCCAACUCAAAGACAAUGAUGAUGCAAACUGUCAACCCAAAAAAUCCUGGAAGGGAAGAAAAAAAGGUAGAAAACAAUCUCAGGCUGCUGCCAGACCAAACUUCUCAGAGAUCAGUGAAGCUGCUUGCUUCACUGCAUGCUUGACUGCAUCCACAAAACAGGAUAAAGGUUCAUCCAGACGGUUCAAGAAAAAAUGGGAGGUGAAUGAAGUAACAGCCAUCGAGAGACACAUGAUGAGGUUCAUCACCAGUCACAAACUGCCUGUCCAGUUGGGAUUUUGGUUGCCACCACUCUAUUUUCGGCAAACAUUAUCAUUAAAAGAACAUUCCACUGGGACUACAGAUACAACAUAUCUGACCAGGGAUCAGUUACAAAUUAAUUCCACUGUUUUAAUCUAAACUCUUUAUCGGAAUAACAGAUCUAGAAUCAGUACAAUGUAAAGCUCCUGCUCUAUGCCCACCCAUCUUUAUCAUUAGCCAAUCCAAAGUGCAUUGCGGCUUGUCCCAAUCAUUGCCUGUCCAGUCAUCAAACUGACACAUACAACAGACAAUCAUGAUACUUCGUUUUUGUAAAGAACUUUUAUUUAAUUCUAAUUGGAUAAUUGUCUAGAUCGAGGGCCAAUCAAGCCUUGUGUAGACUGUUUCUAUGUAGCCCCCCCAAAAAAGAACUCUCCGAUCACGGAGGGCCUCUUCAUGCCCAAGAGCCCCUGGGCACAUUCCCAGAUUGCCCAUAUGGUAGAUCCGGCCAUGGUUGUGCUCUUGCCAAGGCAGGCACACCCAAUUAAACCAUAAACUAAUACACGGAUGCUGUUUCCAGCUACAUUCAUCACUGCAUCGAUGACGUCAUCCCCAAGAAGGCUGUCCGGUCUUCUACAAAGAGGAAGUCGAUAACCUGACAUCAUGGGGUCAGAACAAUAACCUCUCUCUCAACAUCAGCAAGACUAACAAGAUUAUUG